CAGAUACUAUGUAACAUGAUCCCAGUCUUUUCUCCACCUUUGCUUGAGCAUCGAAUUCCUAGCAGCAGUCAGGCUCGCAAAUCUGCUGACGUGUCGGCUCAGCUCGUCCUGCCCGUGCUCAGGCAGCCUGCUGCCCUAUCACAACUUGCCAGCAUGGCUGGAAUGUUUUCCCGUUUUUAUAGUUUUAUACUAUUUUUCUAUGUGUGUUUUUCAAAGGACUCACUGGACCGGCGGUUUUCGGACUUUAAAAGAUGUGCAGACGAGGAAUGCAGUAUGCUCCUUUGUCGGGGGAAAGCAGCAAAAGAUUUCUCCGGGCCAGACUGUCGGUUUCUGUCCUUCAAAAAAGGGGAGACUAUUUAUGUGUACUAUAAACUGUCAGGACAGAGGUCAGAUGUGUGGGCAGGAAGUGUUGGUAGCAACUUUGGUUAUUUCCCAAAGGACUUUCUUAAUAUCAAUCACAUAUAUACUGAAAAGGAAAUAGAAGUACCUGCAGAGGAAAACGACUUUGUCUGCUUUGACACUGGGCGAGAUACAUUUGCCAGCUAUGAUAUUGCUUUACUAUUAAGCAACUCUUUAUUAUUAAAUGAGGUUGACGACCAAAGUGGGAAACCCAAAGGAAUUGCUCACAAUGAAGAUACUGCAAUUGAUACGAAGGAUGUGGACGCAUCUCUGGAAGAAUCCCCUGAAGAUACCAGUGACAGAGACAUUAAAGAUUCUGAUUUGUUGCCCAAGGAAAAUGAAGCUGAGCAACCAGAUGACACUGAGGAUGUCAUUUAUUUUGAACCUACUGAACCUACUCAUUCACCUUUGGAAUCAACAGUUUCAGAUAAAACAGAUGAAGAAUCUUAUCUUGUUGGAGCUACUUCUAAAAGUGAUCUGAAGACUGCAGAUGAUGCAGAGUCAAAUCAAGGACAGCCAGUAAACAAAGACACUGCAGAUGAACCUUUGUCUAAAGGUGCUGGUGCUUUAGAGAAAAGUUACCAUGUCACAGAUGUAGAAGCGCUACCUGAAUUAAAAACUGCUUUAGGGACAACAUUUGAUGCUGUUAUUUCUGAUGAUGAAUAUACACAGAGAGUAACUCCUUAUUUGGAUGGAGAAGAAAGCAACAAAUUAGUUGACCAAGCAAGUAAAGAAGUAGAAGAAAGGCCAGAAAAAAUCCCCCUCCUUUCAGCUUCGGAGGAGGUCCCUCAAUUUGAGGAAAACCUUCUUGAUCCAGCUGUGUUAAAGGAUGAAGGUAUUCCACUUGAACAUGCAGCUGAAAAACAGGAAGAUGUCUCAGAAACAACCAAGGACAUGUGGUCAUCUUUAGGGGACACUGUUUUUAAUAUUGUAGAUGAAGGAGAGAGAACAGUUUUACCGGAAGACACUGAAAUUGACAAUGAUGAGGAGGAUGAAGAAAAGGAUACUGACCCAGACAAAUAUGAAAAAGAUUCAGAAGAUCAACUACAUGUUCAGGAUUCAGAAAUAAAAGAGGAUGCAAUCGAAAUGAAACCCUCCAAUAAAUAUUUUAUAACUGAGGACCCCAUUACAAACAAUGAUGCAGAAGCAGAUGAAACUGAGCAGUCCAAUAAUGAUUCUAGAUCUGAGGAUCCCAUCUCAUCAAACGACACUAAAGUGGGUGAAACGGUAUACUCUGAUGUUAACAGUAUAAUUGAGAACCCUGCUUCAUCAGAAGACACUAUAGUAAGUGAAACCAAACACUCUAAUAUUGAACCUAUAACUGAGGAGCCCAUUUCACAAAACAUCAUUACAGAUACUGUAUUGUCUGAGAAGGACAGCAAAACAUUACAGAAUCAAGCAGAAGAGUUGGAGAGCAAUGAGAAAUCUGAACUCUCAAAAAAGUACUCUGAUGUGGUUGAGACGUUUAAUGAUGCUGUUGUCAAAUCUGAACGUGAUGCCUCAUCUACUUUGGAAGAUGACAAAUCAGUUGAAAAAGUUGCUGAGAAAACUAUUCAGAAGGAAACCGUAACUGAAAGCUUACAGUUUCACAAAUGGGAGGCUCUCUCCAAGGAUGGUAAACAAAACGUAUUUCACAUUGAUGACAAGAAAUAUGAAGAAACUGAUAGAGUGGAAAAUGAUGUCAAAUUAUUUGAAGGCCCAUUGAAAACAGAACAACAUAAACCUAAAGCUGAUGAGGAAUCUGAUUCUCAGAAGAAAAAUGAACAGAUAAACAAAGCAAAAAAAGACAUAGUCCAUUUAUUUGAAAGUACACUGAAAACGGAACAAAAAGCUGAAGAAGAACCUGACAUUUAUGAAGAAAAUGAGAAUACUGAGGAGUUAUUAGAAGAUGAAAAUGCUAUAUUAUCCAAAACUGAGGAAGGAGAAAAAUCCCCAGAAAAUGACAACUCUAAAACAGAAUUAGAAAAUGGAGAAUUAACCAUGCCUAAAGAACCUAGAGAAAACUCCUCCACACAGAUAAUUGGUGAUACAGAAUCAAACAUUGUACAAUCAUUGGAUUCCUCAGUUUUAGCCUAUGAUAAAAAAAAUGAUACACAGUCUGGUAAUCAUCAGUCAAAGGUGGCAAACAAAGGUGCAGAUGAAAUUCAGCAGGAUUCAGUCACCAGUAAAGAGCCUGAGUACAGUAACAGUGUGAUGAGGCUAACGCUUUUAAGAGAGCACUUUAAGGAUGAUGAAAUGGAACGCUUUCAGAGAUACUUGGAUCUGAAAGACCUCUUAAGAGUUGAAGCAAUGUUCUCUGAGUUGGAGCAGGAGCUUAAGUCUGCUAGGGAGUCAAACUCUGACACCAGUGAUGACAUAGAAAGGACACUGGAGAGUAUUCUAGAGGUUUCUGAAAAUACCAUACUGGAUGAGAUUGAAAAAAUACUGGACACCCGGGAACAGAAGGCUCAGGACCUUGGACAACAAGUGGACCCAGUCAUGUUUGAUGAAGAAACGGCCAUCUUGGAUGAUUUUCAGGAGCUUGCUUUUUAUCUGCGUCAGAAGUACUCUGCAGUCAGUGACAGUGUUCCAUUGGUAGGGGAGAGCCAGUCUCAUUUUGAAAUUGAAAACCUGAAUGCAUCUGAAGAGAUGGAAGAUUCAGUCAAAACCAUCCCAGUGACUGAAGCUGCUGAAUAUCCUAAGGUCCACAAAGAAGCUAAUGAUAUAUCUAAUGUAAAUAUUGAGAAGGAGGAGUCCCAUAGCCAAGACGUGGGCCUUGAGGAGGAUGGUGGUCAUUUCAAUAAAAAUAAAGACAUUCGAACAAGCUUUAAAGAUGCAGAAGACGUGAAGAGAGGACCACAAGCUAUUUUGGAGAAUCCUUUGGACAUUGAUCCAUCUCAAAGCCAAAUGCAAUCUUCAGGAGCACUGGAGUCCUCAAGUGCCUCUGAGUACUAUGACAGUAACGCAAACUAUGACCAAGCCAGUACAUAUAAAUCAGAUCACGUUUGGGACUGGCUGGGUCUUGGCUCUGAAUUUCUUGGAGUGUAUGCAGAAAUUUUGAUUGCUGCCUUGCCUGAAGCAUGGCAGCCAGGCCCUACGUUCCAUGGACUUCCCUGGAAGCCUGUGGUCGCUACAGCUACUGUUGGAAUCCUUACAGUUCUAAUGUUCAUCUGGAGGAUUAUUCUUGCUGUGAAAAGCAGAACAUAUCAAUUAACUGAAAAGCAGCUUGCAGAGAAGAUCCAGCAGCUUGUCAGUGAAAAAUCUGAUGUCCUUCAAGAAAUAACUGAACUGAACAAUACGAUGAAGCAGCAUGAGGAAAAGCUAAAGAAUUCUGAAAAGUUCAGAAGUUCUACACAACAGAAAUUUGAAGGGCUUAAGGCACGUUACCAAAACCUCCUCACCCAGAAAGAAGAACUGUCUGUUAAUAUUGCUCAACUGAGUCAAAAAAUUGCAGACACACAGGAAGAAAACAAAACUCUUAAUGAGAAAGUGGUUAUAAUGCACAAGAGAAUUGAGAAGCACCAGAAUAGUCUAAAGCAGUAUGAAGAGGAGCACUCAAAGUUUCAGGUGCUUAUGGAUGAAGCUAAACUCAGGGAAGAUGCUUUGAAGGCCCAGGUGCUGUCUUUUGAAAAGGACAAUAGUGCAUUGAAAGAACAGAAGAAAUCUCUGUUGCGUGAUGCCAAAGAUUGGCAAGAGAAGCAUGAAAAACUCAGUGAAGAAAUCAAAGUCUACCAUAAAACACAAAAAGAUUUGGAGGACUCCCUUGUGCACAAAGAAAAUGAAAUUGAUGCUUUGUCUAGCUGUAUUGCUGAGCUGAAGGGCCUUGAAGUGUGUGAAGGUGCACAGCUACAAAAUAGUGAUGCUAAACUGGCCAAUGGGGAAGCAGCUGACAAAGGUGAUCCCAUUAAAUUGCACAUCAAACAGAUGAUGGAUGUUUCGAGGAUGAAGGCCACUCUUUCUGUCAUAGAGGAUGAACGGAAUCGCUAUUUAGAGAACUUUUUGUGUGAACAGAAAGCAAGACAGGCACUGGAAGAGCAAUUUCAGAAGGUGAUUCAUGACCAAACAAACCUGAAAAAUGAGAGAACUCAUCUGGAAAGCCAAUACAAGAACCUCCAACAGAGACUGGAAAUUACAACUGAAUUAUAUCAGCAAAAAGAAAAUGCUUUACAGCAAAGGUUGACCCAGGAAGAGCUGGAGCGGCGUGAGAAGGAGACCAAGCUCUCUGAGGUGGACGGCAGAGCCUUGCAGGCAGAAGAGGAACUGAAUAGCCUGAGACAAAAAGUGAAGGACAUGCAGGAAGAAAUGCAGCAAAAUGAGAGAGCUCUCAAAGCAGAGAUUGCUGUCCAGGAAAAGAAAGCUCAUGAAAACUGGUUAAAAGCCCGUGCCUCUGAACGAACUCUGAUAGAAGAGAGGAGAGAGAGUGCCAACCUGCGACAAAAGAUUGUGGAGUGCAGUGACAGAAUGUCAGAUUUGGAGCAUGCCCUGUAUAAGUCAGGGCCUCCAGACCGCCACAUGCCUCCUCUACGUAGAGGUGAUUCAUAUGGGCCUUCCCCAGUGAGUGGGGGAGCACCCUCUCCUCCUUUAAUGAUAGAGGGUCCUGGACGUCCCCCCUCUGCUCCAGUGGGGCGAAGGAAUGAACCCUUUGGCCCACGACCUCCUUCUGACCCACAUGGACGCUUCUCUGACCUUGGACAUCCACUGCCUUCUAGACCAGAGUUAUUUGCCCCUCGCACCUCUUCUCCUUGCACCCAGGAUGGAUCCACAGUCCCAGCUGAUGUAAAAACUGAGGCUUCAACACAGGCCUCCACUGAUACUACAGAGGCACUCUCAAAGUCUCAGAGCCAGGGAUCAUUUCUCCCAUCUCCUAUCAAGGAUUCUCCUGGCCCAACCUUCAGUGCCCCUUUAAAGGCAUAUGGCCCCCCACACAUGGGUGGACCACUUCCACCUACUGCUAAUGGUCCACUUCCUUCAAUGAUCCGACCACCUAAUGGUCAUCCACCUAUGAUUCCUCCUGGGCCACCUCUUGGGUCUGAUCCACGCCUAAAACCGCCUCACUUGGACUCCUAUGGACCUUCUCCUCUGCGCCCAUUUGGACCUGUCCCUCCUCCCUUUGUACGCGGACCGCCACUAAGAGAUCUCCCUCCCAUGGGUCCACCACCACCACUACCACCAUACAGUACGCAUGAUUUCCCACUUGACUUUGCCGGACCUCGUAACUUGCCUUUCCCUUCUCGACCUUUCCCCCCUGGCUCUCUUCCUCCUCCUGGAGCCAUGGCUCCACCUCAGUUUGGUGACAGGGACUUGCAAGGAGCCACUCCACCUAUGGCUCAGUCCUGCAGGGAUGGUGAGAUGACCCAGGCAACUGGUAAUGAUAGAGAUGUCCUAUCUCCACAGGGGGCAGCACAGGACACAGCCCCUUCUGCAGUGGUUGAGCCUUGAAUCAGCAACGAUUGCCAUUCAAGGCCGCCUGCCCAUUACUGAACUUCAUCUUAUUGUUUAUCUGUGUUUAACAGCAUUUGAAAUUCCUUAAAUAUAACUUAUACAUUAAAGCAUCCAAAAAGCAACAUCAUACUGUCAUGAUAUUUCAACCAUGUGGGUGGGGGGGGCGACAAAAGGUUUUGCCACUCUCGCUCCAGUAUCCUGUGCAAUAACAUGUCUAUUUUAUGUAGGUGUUUUUGUUUGUUUUUUAUAAGUUUGUAAAAAGCAAAAAGCCUUUCCUAUGGAAAUUUUUUAAUAGAAAAUAAUUCGGCCAUAUUGUUUUGCAGGUAACAUUAGCUACUCGCCCAAUGCUGUUGCUUCAUAGUGAAUUAUUUAGGGUAUGUUGUGUUUCAUUUUUUAGAGACUGAAUAACUUGUAUUAUCAUGCCUCUUGACUUAAGAUAGGUAGAACAAAAUUCUAUUUGAUGUCCUUAAUGUGGGGGAAAAAUAAGACUUCUGGCUGUGUUUUUUUUUUUUUUUCUUUUUUCUUUUUUUUUUUCCUUCAAAUUAAUGUACAAAUGAUGCAUUGAUUUGUUGCUCAUGUUAAAUCAGACAAUGCAUUGAAAAGACAAAUUACCAAAUCAUUCUGGUUGACAAGGAUUGUUCAUCAGAUCAUGUGUUGUAAUGAAGUGUUGUUCUCGAAUUUCUUUUCCUAGUGAAAAGACUCUCUUGCUGUCAUAUUGACAAAGUAUUUGUACAUUUCCCUGACCUGUGUAUAAUAAUGUUAUGAAUAAAACCAGAAAUUUCACAUAGACAUCCAGUACAGUAAGCGUCAGGAAUGAACUGAUUGUGCCUGUGCUUGCUCUUGUGCUAGACCUAUUAUCUUUGUAGCACAAGUGAGCUAUAUAAGGAAUAUAAGUACUCAUGCAGUACUUGCAUAGCAUCAUAACACAGAGCUUACACGGGCAAUGAAGCUUUCUGUAUUGUUGUUUUGUUAUAAUAGGGGCAUUCUAAUUUCAGUCGGGAAAGUUCUUCCUUGUCUACCACACCUUUAGGUGAAUUUAUCCAGGGUAAUUGUCAAUUUCUGUACAGGGCAACUACUUAGAAUGAAGUGGUAUCGAAGAAUUAAAUAAAAAUAUUUUUAUCUGUAGAGGUGUGAUCAUAUAGAAAGUCUAAAAUGAAAUUGAACUUGAAAGUGCUGAAUUAAAUGAGCUGUUUUCAA